AUGCCGUGGCGGCUCUGGUGGGCCAGCGCGGUGGCGCAAGAUACCUUGCCGCCACUUCAGCACUUGCGAUGGGUGCCACCAAGACGUCUUGCGCCACCGCCCGCACAGCCACGUGAUCACACUGGCAGGGAGGUGUACGGCACCGACACGGACUGGAUGUCCCCGACGCUCCUAUUCGGGUACAAUGCAAAAGAGCGGUUUUUGUCGUGGCUGACGAAGGCAUGCGCAGCCAAUGAAGACGACAUCGCCGGGUUGGGACUGUCCAUUUCGGAUAUUGCCCUGGCGGCCCACAAGCAGUCUUGGUAUGGCUACGAGCUGGUUGGAGUCUCGGGGGGGUCCAGGGACGAUACAUAUUUGAAGGCUCUGGGGGUGAUCAAUUUGUUGGCAGAGCGGCAACUGAGGAACCUCCACCACAGCCACCCCUUGUUCCUGUCCCCUGUAUGGCUGUCCGGGUCGCUCGCCGUCCUUGCCUCUGAGGUACUUGGUGGUACCUUGCACAAUCCAGUGUCCAAGCUGACGGCGACUCCGCACAUUCCAUUAUACAACCAGUUGAGGGCACUCGAAUCCAACAUGGGUGCGUUGACCAAUCGUGUCGACGAAGGGUUUAAUGCCAUCCCCCAGGACUUUGACACCCGAAAGGACCAAGCUAAUUUCACCAAAGUCAAAAAGGUAGUCUCAACUAUCUUGUCGUUUUCAAAAUACACAAACGACGAAGUUGCAGCACUCACCGUUCCCGACAAAAACGCCGUCUUUGAGGCCAAUUUCGCGUCGCUGUGUGAACGGUUGUUCGCCAGUGCCGGCGCCACACCCCUCGGUAAUCGUCGCAUCAUCGAAAUGACCUAUCAUACAGUAUAUGACGCCAUCAAUAAGCAAUAA